GUACAGAUAAGACGAUGAGGUGAGUGUCUGUAGAUUUAUUGUAAUUUCCAGAGAAUAAAUUUCGUUGCCAUUUCAACAUGCUUUCGGGUGAUAGAACGUCAAAGAAAUGGUUAGAUGCUCAAUCGGAGCAAAAUACAAUACUGCGAACAUUUCCAGCAUAUUUGACUCUAGUCGAUUUGAGGAACGAUGACUAUUUUAAGUUGGUCAUUGUGGAAAUUCCACAGAGCUUCAAAUCGGAUGAGAAGCCCAAGUUGAAAGUGUACAAAGGAACGACGCUUGUCAGUGAACAAACAUUACCAGGCAUUCCAUCCAGCCUAAAAUCGUUCUACGUUGACGACAAUGAUCCAAAACUACCAGUGAUUGCCGUUGCCAUCGGGCCAGCUGUGUAUUUUUACAAAAAUAUGAAACCGUUCUUCAAGUACACAUUUCCCAGCCUAAAAAUAGAUCCACUUGAGAAGGAAAUAUGGAGAAAGCUACCAUUUGAAAAAUCUGGACAAAUUCCAGAACUGGUGAAGAAUUUGAAAACGAUACGCAUCAGUGAACUGACCCUUAUGUCGCAGAAACUAAUUUCAUUGCCAGAAGAUGAGCAGCAAGAUUUCAUUGCCAAAAAUGCGGACAAAGAAUUACUGCGGCUGCCAACAAUCGUGGCCAUGGACACAAUACGACGAAAUACGAGUAGCUCAAGCAUCGUUUCAUACCUGAUAAUCGCCAGCGAGUCGGGCGAGAUUAUUAUUUUGGACACACAAUCGUUCUCAGUAUUACAGCAUGCUCGCACUUCUUCGUCGAUGACGGCAACGCCGAGCUUGAUAUCAGUUAGCGGUCAAUAUGAACACGAUUUUCGCAUUGUAGUUGCGACGCGACAGGGUGAUGUGUGUAUGCUACGGCGUGGAUGGUUAGAAGGAAAAUCGAUUUUCAAAAUUGAUCACCCCGCUGUUGGACUCUCUCUAUUGCCCAUCGAUCAAACAAUAAUCGUUGUAUGCAUCGAUAAAACACUUGAGUGUUUCUCAAAGAAAGGAAAACGGUUAUGGGGCGUAAUUCUACCUGAACCAGCCAUAUGUAUGGUGUCAAUAACUCUAUCGCAUGUUGGCCAAACAUUGGUUUGUGUCGCAUUGCGUGGCGGACUAGUGCAAAUUUAUUCGAAUAAAGUGAUUGUGGAUCAAUUUAGUGUUUCAGAAACCGUAUCGGCAAUGGCUUUUGGACGAUUAGGUCAAGAGGAUCAUGUGCUUGUUUUGAUUACAAUUGAGGGAUCGCUAAUCAUCAAAAUACUCAAACGGACGGCUGAGUUUACCGUGGAGAUAGUCGACUUCUAUGACAAACAUAAUGAUCGUUCGGGAUCAUUACAAAUACCAAAGAAAACGAAAGUAUUUAUCGAGCAAACGAUUCGAGAGCGUGAAAAUGCACCUGCGAUUUAUAAUAAUUUCCUUACCGAGUUAUGGCGCCUCAGAUUAAUAGCCGCAAGAGAAACGGUUGAAGUGAUCAAUUCAGCUGAAAGCACCAUUUCCGGCGAUAUUGGACAGACACCAAUCAAACUCGCAGCUGAAGUGUGCGGUUUGGGUCCUGAUUUUCAACUCUUUUUGAUAAUUGAGAAUAUGUCAUCGCGCAAAGUUGCGUCCGAUCUAUGUGUUUUACUUCAUUGUGACCACCGACACUUUCUGCUGAAGAAAGCCUUUCAAAAAUUACCGUUAAUAGUGCCCAAUGCUCCAAUUAAAAUAAAUUUCCCAGUGACGGCAGUUGUCGAUCCAGACGAUGGACUUCAACCAAGUGAUCUCACACCAGAUACAGCGAAUGUUCGUGUGAUGAUCUUGAAAUCAAAUCAGGCCAAGCCAAUUUUAGCAGCCACUAUUUCAAUGCCAACACCAGAGAUUUUUCAACAAGAUAUUUACUAAAAAUACAACUUUCAAAUUAUUUAUUGAUGUGUUGUGUAAUUG